GAACAUAUCCCUCCGAGGCUCCGACCCUCCCUAAAUCCAGUAGAAUAUAUUCAUUGGUCAUUUUAUCCUCAAUAAUAUAUACACCCCGGUCUAAAUAUCUCUGUGUGUAUCAAUGGCGGCAACAACUGUGCUAAGAACAGCCAUUCUUGGUGGCCCUCAAGCUUCAAUAACAAACCCACAUCACAAUUCUUUUCCUAAACUUGUAAGCUUUCUUAUGUCAACAAGAAAACCAAUAUGGCCAAGAAGUCAUUUUGUAAGUAUCAAGUUCAAUUCUGCUAAGUUCUGUCCUGAAGUGUUGAAAAGACAUCGUUUUGGUCUUGGUUCUGUGGGUUUUGCUUCAUCCGGAGAGAGUGUUGAGACCCAAGAAGUGGAAGAUGAGGUUUUUGAUUCUCAGCUUCAGGAUGAUGCAGACAGUGCUGCGGUGGAGGACGAUGGUGAGACCGCAACUGAAGAUGAGACUAGUGAGGAAGAAGAACCAGCUUCAGCCAUCAUAGCUUCGCUUCAGGUUUACAAAGAGGCAAUUGCAAACACUGACGAGGCCAAAAUUGCUGAGAUAGAAGCUCUUCUAAAAUCUUUCGAAGAUGAGAAAGAUGCUCUAGAAAGCAAAGUGGCGAGUUUGUCCACAGAAAUUUCAUAUGAGAGAGAUCGGAUUCUCCGGAUUAGUGCAGACUUUGAAAAUUUUCGAAAAAGAACUGAGAGGGAACGGUUUUCGCUUCUAACAAAUGCGAAAGGGGAAGUCGUGGAAAGUCUUUUACCUGUUUUAGACAAUUUUGAAAGAGCCAAAUCCCAGAUCAAGGUAGAGACGGAGGGUGAGGAGAAAAUCAACAAUAGCUAUCAGAGCAUAUCCAAGCAAUUUGCGGAGGUUCUAGGGUCUCUUGGCGUUUUACCUGUUGAGACAACUGGGAACCCCUUCGAUCCCAUGCUGCAUGAAGCUAUCAUGCGUGAAGAUUCUGACGAGUUCGAAGAAGGCAUUAUACUUCAAGAAUUUCGCAAGGGGUUUAAGCUUGGUGACAGGCUCUUACGUCCAUCAAUGGUGAAAGUAUCGGCUGGUCCAGGACCUGCAAAGUCUAUAUCAGUGCAACCAUCCGGGGCAUCAGAGGGAUCAGCGGAUGUUCCUGAAGCCAGAGAAGAAGACAGCGCAGAACCAGCACCCCCUGAGGAUUAGUAAAAAUUGCAACUGCAUUUUUGUAUAAGUAGAUAUGUUUUAUACUCAAUGAUUAUCUUGCUAGAAUUUGAUAUUGUCCUGCGCAAGCAGAUCAGAUCUGAAGGUAUAGAAAUUAUAGAGUUUUAUCUGGAAA